AUGGCGACUGGGACUGGCCGGGUGCUGCCACUGCUGGCCGUGGCGGCGGUGCUCGCGGCGGCGCUCCUCUACACCGCGCCCUUCUCCAAGGGCCUCGGAGGGGAAGGGUGCAGCCUGCUCCCGCAUGACCACUUCUGGAUCACCAGCCAGCGGGUCGUCACGCUCGGCCGCGUCAGCCCCGCCGCAGGGUUCUGA